AUGCUUUCAGAAAACUAUUCCUUUUCAGGGCAAUGACAAACCUGCGGACUACACCUUCCCCGUUGCCCGCCCCUGGGGCACUGGGCUGCAACCCUCUGCCCUGACCUGGAACAGCAGGAGAGGCCUGGGAACAGCCAGGAUGUACCAGGAUGGCCCCACAUCACCUGCCCACCUCCCACCCUCCCCACAAUCCAUCCCCAUUGCUAGGGCCGGCUGCAGCCUGAUCCUUGGCCUGGGCACACCUGCGGACAUGCCGGCCGGGCAGAUGCUAGCUGGCAGCCACAUGCCCGGCCAGCAUGGAUAGUGUGCAUAGGGAGCCAGAGCCCACAGCAGGGCCCACAGUGCUCACAUGCCUACUGCCCACAGACUCGACCACCGUCUUUGUGGGCCAGUGCUUCGUGGACAAGAGCAGGGAGGAAUCGCUGCACACCAUGUGGCUGCUGAGGGAGGAAGUCAAAGCCGAGAAGGACGACUGGAAAGCAACCAGACUCCACCUUCGCCUGUACUGGGAGUGCAGACCCCCUCCAACGCCAUCCCAUCAGCCUGGGCUCUGCACUGGCUCCACGUCUGGCUGCCAGCUGCGCAUUCAGCAUGGUGAGCAACAGUGCUACCUUGCACUGUGGGCUUGGGCAGUGCACCUGUCCAAGCUUUAGCUUGAAGACUCUAGGAGCACUGAGUGGUGCCACUAAGUGCCUGGGCUGUGGAUGUGCUGGAACAGAGACGUCUGCACACAAGGCUUCUAGGCAAGUUGUUAAUGAGCCGCCUUGACUGUGAGGACCAUAAAUCAAGGUGAAAGACACGGGCUGGAAGGAGAGAAGAAAGAGUCCUGUGCAGACCUGGCAGAGAUCGUUCCUGGAUGACCAAAGGAAGCACUGUGUACAGGUGGGGAGAAGCCGGGGGCAGCGCUGGGAGCUGGUCCGGCACACACAGAGCUGCUGCCCCCUCUCUCCUGCGUCUCCCCAGCCGGCACCGGGGAGGAGCUGCUCUGUGCUGCUGUGGGCCCGGUGGGCGCUGAGAUACAUGCACGUGUUGUCAUUCAGGGGGAGUAAUAAAAGACAAGG